AUGCAUGGAAUUACCUUAACCAAAUGUAAAAUAUAUUUUAACAACAUAUAUUCAACAGUAUCAUUAGAAGAGAAAUUAGGGGGAGGUACAUAUGGUGAUGUAUAUAAAGGAAAAGUAGUAAAAUAUAAUAAUAAUAAUAAUGAUUUGUAUCAAAAUACAAAUUAUUUACCAUAUGAUUAUUAUACCGAUGAUUUUAUUUUUUUUAGAAAAAACAUAUAUGCAAUUAAAUUUUUUAAAGAUGAUUUAAGAACAAUAAAUGAAGAAGGAAUUAGUUGCACAACAUUAAGAGAAUUGAGUUGUUUAAAAAAUAUAGGAAGACAUCCAAAUAUUUUAAGAUUAAUAGAUGUAACUAUUGAUAGACAAAAAGGUAUUAGUGAAUAUAUUAAUAGACAAAUAUUACAACAUUAUACAUCUAAUUAUCAUCAUCAAGUUAAAAUAGAUAUGGUUCCAUUAUCAUUAGAUCAAAAAUUUAUAUUUGCUGCUUAUGAAUAUUGUGAUGGAGGUGAUUUAAAAAAAUUAAUUCAAAAAACUAAAAUUAACGAAAAUCAAGCUGGAUUAUGUUUAAAAGAAGCAAAAUGGUUAUCUUUUCAGUUAUUAAACGGAUUAGCUUAUUUACAUAAUAAUAAAAUGUGUCAUCGUGAUUUAAAACCUGAAAAUGUUAUGUUACAAUAUACACAUAAUAAUAAAUAUUUAUUAAAAAUUGGAGAUCUUGGAUUGUGUAGGGAACUUAAAAAUGAUGGUGAUAUGACACCAACUGUUUGUACUAUUUAUUAUAGGCCCUUGGAAGUUCUUCUCUCCAAAUUUGACCGAUCCAAAAUGCGGCCCCCAAAAAAUGGAGGCGGAAGCGGAAGUGGAAGUGGAAAUGUGAGCGGCAAAGGCGGAGGCGGAAGUGGAAGUGGAAAUGUGAGUAGUAAGGGGGGAGGUGGAAGUGGCAAGGGGGGAAGUGGAAGUGCGAGCAGGAAAAGCGGAAGUGGAGGCGGAAGUGGAAGUAGCAAGGGCAGAAGCGGAAGUGGAGGUGCCAGUGGGACUGUAAGCAGGAAAAGCGGAAGUGGAAAGGGCAGAAGCGGAGGUGCCAGCGGAAGUGGAGGCGGAGGCGGGACUGUGCGGAGGAGCGACGAGGCGUAUAUGGGAGACGAGAUGUUUGAAAAAAAUUACGAAAGUUUUAAUGAUAGAGAUUUUCAAUAUGGGUUAAAUGUGGAUAUAUGGUCAGCAGCCUGUAUCAUUUGUGAAUUAAUAAUUGGUAAACCUUUAUUUAGAGGAGUAACAGAAUUUGAUUUAAUUAUCAGAAUAGUAAAUUCGUUGGGAAAACCAAAUAAAAAUGAAUUAGAAUAUUUUAGUGAUUCUCGUUUUUAUCCUUUUAAAGAUGAUUUUUUUAAUAUCAAAAUAAAGGAUAGAAAAGAUGCAUUAAAUGUAAUUACAAAUGGUAAAAUAGAUGAAUUAGGAAUCGAUUUAUUAGUUAAAAUGUUAAAAUAUAAUCCUAAUGAUAGAAUAACAGCAGCAGAUGCUUUAUCACAUCCAUGGUUUUCUGAUAUAAGAUUUGAUAAUUUAGAUGGUAUAGGAGUAUAUAAUUGGUAUGUACAUUGCUUAAAAUAUUAUAUAGGAAUUAAAACGUUUAGAGAAAUCGAACAAAGAAAAAAAAAUUUACUUACAACUACAAUGAUAUCUCAUUUUUUAUGUAAAUCUAAUGAUAAAUAUGCUAAAAUAAUUUUUAAAUUAAUUAAUGAAACAUUUAAAAAUUUGGGUGGAUAUAAAAAAAGUGGAAGAAGAUCUUUUGCUAUUUUUGCUGAUAAAUAUGCAAAUGAACAUAAAAAUAAUAAUGGGUUUAUUAAAAGAGCUAGUAUAAAAGUAUUAAAUGAUAUGAAAGAAAAAAAUGUAAUGGAAACAAAUGAAGAAGUAUCUUUUUAUGAUGAUAGUACUACAUAUUACACUUCUCCAACAAAUUCUCUUAAAAAAAUAAAUAAAUUUAAAAGAUCAAGUUAUCAUACAAAUAUUCCUGAACAGUCAUAUGAAUUUAUUAAAGGAAUACGAGUUAAGCGUAAUUUAUCAAUACCUGAUAUGUCAAGUCCAAAUAACAAAAAACAUUGUAGAGAUCAAAAGGGCUCAGCUACAACUACAAAUAGGGGAUACACUCAAAACCAUCGAUAA